CCCCUGUGGUCUCUGCUUAUCUCCCUGACUCAGUUCUGUCGCUAAUGUCAAACUUGCUGUACUGACUGUCUCCCAGGGCACCCUGUGCCCAGGUCGAGUCCACCCUACCUUCUUGAUCUUCCUCCCAGCCCGCGGUCGCUGGACUGGGGGCGUGGCAGAGGCCGGAUCCCGCCCUCACCGCAGGGCUGCUGGGGCCUGGUCUCCAUGGCAACAAGCUGUACACUCCCGCAGCUUCCCGGGCUGUGGGUGCUGGCCACACGCCUGCCGGAGGGUCAUGGCCUCCCUGCCGUCGCAGCGCUACAACUUCUCCAAGUCGAGAACACACCCACAGUCUUCAGGAAUGAAGAUAGAUGACUGUCUCCGAGAACCCAAAAGCACCCAGAAGUGCAAGCUUUCUCAGAAACGAAAGACACUGACCUUUCAGUUAUCUAUGGGUGGCCACCUGUCCCCAUGGCCCACAUACAACAGUGGUCAGACUAUUCUACAAAAUCGAAAACCCUGUUCAGAUGACUCCUGGAAGCAAGUCGGUAGCUUGAAGCAGUAUCCCAUGAGCACUGCCAAGCCAAGAUACCUGGAGCAACUAGAGAACUACCUACGCAAGGAGCUCCUUCUGUUGGACUUGGGCAAGGAUUCUACCCAGGAACUGAGACUGCAGCCUUACAGAGAGAUCUUUGAGUUCUUCAUAGAGGAUUUCAAAACAUAUAAACCAUUGCUAUCCUCCAUCAAGAAUGCAUAUGAGGUGAUGCUGGCCCACCAAAGGGAGAAGAUUCGUGCCCUGGAGCCACUGAAGGCCAAGCUUGUCACUCUGAACGAGGAUUGCAAUGAAAGAAUCAUGGCUAUGAGGGCUGAGGAGAGGUAUGAAAUCUCCAUGCUCAAGAAAGAGAAGAUGAAUUUGUUAAAACUCAUUGACAAAAAGAAUGAAGAGAAGAUCUCAUUGCAGACAGAGGUGUCCAAACUGAGGAAGAACUUGGCUGAGGAGUACCUGCACUACCUCAGCGAGCGAGAUGCCCGCAAGAUCCUCAUUGGAGAUCUGAAUGAGCUUCGGUACCAGCGGGAGGACAUGUCACUAGCCCAGUCCCCAGGUGUCUGGGGGGAGGACCCCGUAAAGCUAACCCUGGCUCUGAAGAUGACCCGGCAAGAUCUGACCCGCACACAGAUGGAACUCAACACCAUGAAGGCCAACUUUGGAGAUGUGGUACCCAGGAGAGACUUUGAAAUGCAGGAAAAGAUUAACAAGGAUCUUCAAGAGCAGCUGGACAGUCUGCGAGCUGAUUAUGAAGAGGUCUGCAAGGAGCAUGAUUCACUGCUACAGAUGCACAUGAGCACACUGAAGGAACGAGACCAGUUCUUUUCUGAGCUGCAGGAGAUCCAGCGUACGUCCACACCACGACCUAACUGGACCAAGUGUGAAGAUGUGGUGGCUGGAGGCCAAGAACGCUGGCAUAUGCUGGCAGCAGACAAGAACAGUGACCAGCUGGUUGAUGUGCUACUGGAGGAGAUUGGCGAAGGCCUGCUCCGGGAGAAAGACUCCUUUCCUGGUCUGGGUUAUGGGGAAACCAUCCCCACUUUCCUUCGGUUUGAUGGCCCUGUGGAGAACAAGAAACCAAGCAAGAAGGAAGUGGUAAACAUCCUUAAGGAUGUCUGGAAGGAACAUCUGGCACAGGAACAGAAAGAAAAGUUUCCAGAUUUCUUCUUCAAUUUCUUGGAGCGUCGCUUUGGGCCCAGUGAUGCCAUAGCCUGGGCUUAUACCAUUUUUGAGAAUAUCAAGCUCUUCCACACCAAUGAAGUCAUGAGUCAAUUCUAUGCAGUUCUAAUGGGAAAGAGGACAGAGAGUGUGUAUAUCAACCAGAAGGAAACAGUAGCCCAGCUGCAAAAAGAGAUGACCAAUGCUGACAGUCAGAACGAGGGACUACUAAGCAUGGAGCAGUUCAGCAACAUCCUUAAGAGCACUUUCCCCCUCAAGAAGGAAGAGCAAAUUCAGGAGCUGAUGGAGGCAGGGGGCUGGCAUCCCAACAGCAACAGUUCAGACUUGUUCAACUACCGCUCAUUGUUUAUGGAGAAUGAGGAGGGCCAGAGUGAUCCCUUUGUGCAAAAGCUGUGGCAACAGUAUGUGAUUGAGAAGGAUGAGUACCUACGUGAACUAAAGCAGGAGCUGGGCCUGGAACUCCAUAAUGAGGUGACCCUAUCCAAGAUGCGUAGGGCCUUGAUGAACAUUGAUCCCAACCUGGACAAGCAGACUUUGAGCACCUACCUGAGCCAGGCAUUUCAGCUCCCCAUAUCAGAACUUCCAGAGGAAGGCAACGAGGUGGAGGAGGGCACCAAACUAUGUCUCAGGCUUGCACUGGAACAGCUUCAGAUGGCUGAUGUCAAGCGCAUAGGGCCUCGGGACAUAGAGCCUACAAGCUAGGACCAUCAUGGAUCGGAUGAGAGCUUCAGUGCUGCUAAUACAAUGUUUAGUACUAAACUG